AUGCGUGAAAACUGUCUGCCCUUCAACUACUAUCUACAAAUGUCCGGACGUCAAGGUGGCAAGGCCAAGCCAUUAAAAGCCCCAAAGAAAAAGAACCAAGAAUAUGAUGAAGAUGACGAAGCCUUCAAGGCUAAACAAAAGGCCGAUGCUGCUGCUAAGAAGGCUAUGGCCGAGAAGGCUAAGAAGGGAGGUCCUUUGAUCGGUGGUGGAAUCAAAAAGAGUGGCAAGAAAUAA